AUGGCUGAGCCCAUCAAGAACAAGCGGCCCGACCCCGCUGUCGCCCCUACCCCUCAGAACACUCCGGCGAAUGCUGCCCCGAUCUCGUCGCAUGCUCAGCAGCCUGGUGUUGCCAGCAUCAAGGAAGAGGAUCUGGAACGUGUCGCUGCCACUUCCAUCUUCGCCAAGGACCCCCGCCUCGUCUCCCUGAUCCAGAACCGUCUUGGUCACCUUGUUGGCAAGUCGUCCGGCUAUAUCGAGUCGCUCCCUCCCGAGGUUAAGCGCCGUGUCGCUGGCCUGAAGGGCAUCCAAAAGGAGCAUGCUAAGCUCGAGGCUGAGUUCCAGGAGGAGGUUCUUCAGCUUGAGAAGAAAUACUUUGCCAAGUUCACUCCUCUUUAUGAGCAGCGUGCGGCUAUCGUGAAUGGCAAGGCCGAGCCCACCGAUGAGCAAGUUAAGCUGGGUGAGGAGGGCCAGGAGGGCCCAGAGGCUACCGAGACCCAGACCGAGCCUGCCGAGAAGAAGGAGGAGAAGCCUGCCGAAGCUCCGAAGGUCAACGGCAUUCCGGAGUUCUGGCUGUCCGCCAUGAAGAACCAGAUCUCUCUUGCUGAGAUGAUCACCGAUCGUGACGAGGGUGCCCUCAAGUACCUGACCGAUAUUCGUAUGGAGUACCUCGACAAACCUGGUUUCCGCCUCAUCUUUGAGUUUGCCGAGAACGAGUACUUCACCAACAAGAUCAUCACCAAGACCUACUACUACCAGAACGAGAGUGGGUAUGGUGGUGACUUCAUCUAUGAUCAUGCGGAGGGUGACAAGAUCGACUGGAAGCCGGGUAUGGACCUCACUGUCCGCAUUGAGCAGAAGAAGCAGAGGAACAAGACCACCAAACAGACUCGCAUUGUUAAGAAGACUGUCCCUACUGAGUCCUUCUUCAACUUCUUCUCCCCUCCCAAGCCUCCGACGGACGACGAUGAUGAUGCUGCCUCUGACAUCGAGGAGCGCCUGGAGCUCGACUACCAGCUGGGUGAGGAUAUCAAGGAGAAGCUCAUUCCCCGCGCCAUCGACUGGUUCACUGGCGAGGCUCUCGCCUUCGAGGAGUUUGACGAGGAUGACUUUAACGAGGAGGACUUUGAGGAUGAUGAUGACGAAGACGAUGAUGCCAGCGAAGACCAUGACGACGACGAUGAAUCUGAGGAGGAGGAGGACGGCACAAAGCCUAAGCAGGAGCCUACUGAGUGCAAGCAGAGUUAA